AUGGUCCACCCAAUCCUCCAGAGUACCCCGAGUGUACAAAAUGACAACUUUAACGAUAAUGUCUCACACCACGUCAAACCAAUUCUCGAUUUUUUACCGCGCAUCCAUGUCCUCGUUAUCGGCCCAGGACUUGGUCGUGACCCGUUGACCCAAAAGAUAACCGCCAACGUGAUCCAGGAGGCACGAAAGCAAGAAAUAGCUCUUGUGAUGGAUGCAGAUGCAUUGAUACUGGUUCAGAACGACCCGAAACUAAUCCACGGCUAUAAAGAAUGUAUACUAACUCCUAAUGUGGUUGAAUUCGCACGCCUAAGUAAAUCAGUUGGUCUGGAACCUCCGUCAACGGAUGAGAAAUCUGGAGGAAUUUCGCAGCAAGAUGAGACAACAUCAAAGGCAUGCGAAAAGUUAUCGAAAGCAUUAGGUGGUGUGCUCAUUAUUCAAAAGGGGGCUCAUGACGUUAUUUCCAAUGGGGAUGUGUCUGUUAUUUCUGACGUUGAAGGCGGGAAGAAACGAAGUGGCGGGCAAGGGGACACGCUUACUGGCUCGCUGGGAACAUUCAUGGCGUGGAGAAAGGCAUAUCAUGAUGGGCUUUGGGAAGAUGGAUUGGGCACAAACAACAAUGAUGACUUGAAUUCGGACCAUGAUGCUGAAAUCAUCAAAAAGGAACUAUACGGGGACGACGCUAAUGGUGGCAAGAAAAUGUCAAGGAAAACUACAUUACUACUUGCCGCAUGGGCUGGGAGCGCUAUUACACGAGAAUGUUCAAGGAGGGCAUUUCUUGCUAAGGGACGAAGUAUGCAGGCGGGUGAUUUGACGGAAGAGGUCCAUGGAAGUUUCAUGGAACUAAUUGGAGAAAAGCAAGAUGAUGGAUCGAAGCUGUGA